AUGAGAAGACAUGAAUCCAAUAAAAAGCCGAUUUCAAGCUUCAUUACAAAAAGAAUAGAUGACAAUCCGCCGAUAAAUUGCAUUACUAUGAAUUAUUGUUUUCUGAAUAGAAAACAUUCGAGAAAUAUAAAAUCUGAGACAAAUUUAACUGAAAGCAUCAAAUGGCCAUGGCAAAAAGAAGCGCUGAUGCCUAGAGCUCCUGAAUCAAAAGACCCAAUGUAUAGAGAUAAAUAUAAAAUUUUCAAUGGCUCAUUGUUUAAGCUGGCACCUACAAAGGAUAAAAAUGAGUAUGUAUAUGAAACUGUAAAAAACGAGGCAUUUCUGUAUUCAACUAUCCGAGAUACUAAAGAUCGUAGACCCCAAAGUUCUAAUUCGAAAUGGGAAAGCAGCGGAUUUCUAAAUCCGCAUCUCACAAGAGUAUUUUCAGCCCAAAGUUUGACUACAAGGUCAAGAUGCACAACGUCACAUUCAAAUUUUAGACAAUCUAAUAAAGAUAUUUUAGGGAAAAUCCCAUACGAAAAAUCAGUCCCUAUAAAAGACUAUAAAUGGCAGAUAAUGAUGAAAGGUCCCAGCACCAAAGUUAUGGAUAAAAUUUUAACAUCCCAAGAAGAAGAGCCUUCAUCUCCGUUAUUAAGAAUUCUCGCUAAUGGUAAAUAA